AUGGCACACAGCGAGCUCAAAGUCUUAUUCCACAAAACAAGAAAUCGUAGACCGUGCGAUUGGUGCAGAAAGAGGAAACAGUCAUGUAAAUAUUCAGGUGUGUCUUGCGAACGCUGUAUAAAAAUGAACCGCAAGUGUAUUAUUCAAGGGGAAGAAAGGAUCAGAAGAUACGGAGCCCGUCAAGUUAAAAAUUCUUCAAAAAAAGCAGGUAAUCUGGAUAAUUUUACAGAAUCUGAGCCUGUACUUGUGUCUGACAGGCAGACUUGCAACGAAGAAGAACUGGCAGAUUCACCGUCAUUGAGAUCAAUUGGAACCAUUGAUAAUCAACUAUCGUCAUCAGGAAUUAAAUGGUGUAUUGAUAACUUGAAUUCCAUACAGACAUUAUCGGAAUCCAAUUUCUAUUCUCUUUUCAACGAUAAGCCAGGAUCACUUCAGGUUGCCGAAUUGACCCCAAAUGACACCUAUAGCCAAACAAGCUUACCUAGCUUCAGCGAAACUCCCAAAGCUAUUACCCUUGAAGAGUCUCAAGCCUUAGUUUCACAAUUUGCUGAGUCCUAUGGAGCAAGCCUUCUAAAGACCUUUUUCACUUACUUAAACCCUUUUCUCCCGGUGAUAUCUGGAGACCAAUUUCACUUUAUGAUCAACCAUACCAUUCACGAGAACAUUCAAAAGUACGGAUUUACGUUACUUGGCUCUAUCUUCCUCAAUUCUUUGCGAUGCUGGGACAGAAAUGAUGAGUUGAUGUUGAGCCCAAGUCCGGAUCCCCAACCUCUCGCAAAUGCUUGCUUUAAACUACUUAUGAAUGAAUUUGAAACUGCCACCAACAAUGAAGAGUCUAAUAUGAAAUCUCUUCAAAGUUGCUUGCUACAAUUGCCCCAAAUAAUAUCAAGAAUCAACUCGAUUAAUGAUACGGUGAGCAUUGUUCCUGCUACUAAAAUAUUAAGCAUUGCCACUUUUCUAGUGAACAGAUUGGGUUUGAAUGUAUCUAGGUUCAAGGACGAUCUCAAUAGCAGUUUCAGAAAUAACUCAGAUAUUAUUGCUCGAAAUAAUUUGUGGUGGGCUUAUUAUGUUGAGGAGAAAUGGUUCUCGUUUUUGACAGUAAGAACAAGUACUAUAAACGAAGGAUCGUUUGAGAUUCUCAACGAAAUAAACUCGUGGCCAAAUCUAUCAUACUUGGUAACAAAGCAGUUUGAUAGAAAGGAGUCAAAGGUUCAAUCACCGCUCGAAAAAAGUUUAGAACAUAUACAUUUUGUGUGCUGGUAUUAUUUCCAUGAAAUGCUCAAGAUAACGGUGAUAUGUUCAGACAUAACUACUUAUUGGUACUCAUUACACGGGAACUUUCAUAUGAUGGAGAUGGAAGAUUCUUUGAAGACCCUCAAUGAAAUUCGACUGUCUACAAAAAAGUAUUUGGAAAAAGUCAAUGAGUGGUGGAAACUGUUGGACCCAGAAUUCAAGAAACACGGGCAGAAGAAAAUGAUUAUACACCCAAUUAGUGCAAACUGCAACCUCAGAAUAUUCUAUGAUUUCGCACGGGUGUCGAUAUACAAGAUAUUGAUCAAGAAAGUGUCGUUAUGCGUGAUUGCUUUCGACAAAAGUGAAACGAAUCCUGUUCUUGAAACCAACUUGAAUGAGCUCUUGGGAAGUGUACUCCUGGAAAUUGCAGAGCUUUACGACGACCACUUGCAAUUUGUUACCAGCAUGAAACUUCGAGAUUUGAACUCGUACUGGUACCCGAUGAUAAACUACCAAUUUUGUUACUUUAUUCUCUUCUUGACUUUACUGAUGAGUGUCUCCGAAAUGCGAAGGCAGACAUAUCAAACCAACUUGUUCACAGUUCCUCUUAAGAGGUUACAAAAAGUGCAGUCUGGAUAUCAUGACUUUUUGAAAAACAGAUCGGCAGGGUGGGAUUUUUUACUUCUACCACUCUCAUUAUUGUCCGACGUAGUUCCUUUUAAUGACUUUGUUCAAAUUAGAGAUGCCAUAGAAAACUUGAAGGAUGGUGGAAUAGUUACCGCACACGGCAUAGAGCACUUGCUUUAUCGCAAUAACGACCAAUGUGAGUCGGAAGACAUAGACGAUGAAUCACAACCUUCCCGAGAAGAGUCUUUGGGGGUUGCUUCAGACAUGCAAACCAUGCUUGAAAAAGUGGAUCAUAUUGCUGCGUCUAUUCAAUAA